AGAACUGAAUCAGUGCCCACAGCUUAUGAUCCGGUGUGUCUAUUGCAGCUAGAUACCCCCUCUCACUCUUCCCCGAACUCCCUACCCAUGAAAUAAUAGAUGAGGGGCAGAGAGGGGAACAGAAUCAGCUUCGCUUUCACCGUUCUCGAGGCCGUAGUCUGACUGCACGUCUAGCCUCCCAACUGCACCACUCGCUUGUUAAGUUUGUUACAGUCCUGUGUUAUCAUCCAGUAGUUGUAGUCAUUGUGCAGAACAAUCAGGAAACGCGUUCCACUAUUUCGGCAACGAUUGGCAACACUGGAUAACGCCGGUUGUCGUGCAAAUACGUCGGUGGACGUCGAUCGGCGGGAAGUAAAUCGCAUCGCAGUCAGCUGUGGACCGCUAUCAGCAUAACCUAACCUAACUCUCUCGUAGUAAAAGUGAUCGGACUUUCAUUGAUUGUUGUGCUCUCUUGCUUCACGGAUUUGGAACAACAAAAGUAAAACCCGAAGAGGAUAAUUUCCAAGAAGAUUAGCAAAGUAUUCUCCAGAACUGAGGCUGUGAAGGUCAUCAUAUCAACAACAAUCUCAUUUCCUCCAGUAAUCAGAUGAUGUGGCGUCAAACUUUAUACCAGUGAUAAAACCUUGAGCCAGUGAGCUUCAUCGUAACUUUCUAGUCAACUGUGGAUUCUCUAGUGUAUUCUUCUGUUCGGAACAAUCAGAUCUCAUUCGACGAAUCUCAAUCAAAAUGGGCUCAGGAAUAGUUCGCGUAAUAAUAGUAGCCGUGUUACUCGUGUUGCUGGCUACUGAGUUCUCGGAAGUUCUACGGGAGGCAAAAAGUGCUAUAGUUUCAAGCAUUGAGGAGACAAAAUCUUCUGAGGAUCCUAAUCCUGCUGCAGUUCGUCGACAAAAGCGUAACCAGCUAGUGUCGACGAUGAAGCACGUGUGUCUGCCGAAGCUCAUCUGUGAACUGAAUGCAGGGCCUCACAAAGAGCAGCUCUCCGAACCAGAGAGAGAACUACUGGCUCUGAUAAGUGACACGACAAUUGGAACGACGGCCGAGGUGACAUCGAAGUACCACUUUGCGGCUCACAUGGGUCAGCUGAUCGCUGGGGUGGACGGCACGGGUUGUCACAACUUCUACCCCACCUGCCCCUUCCCCGGCCUGCAAGUGCUCAACAUCCUCAAAAAGGUCAAACUGUGAUGGAUAGCCAGAUUUUAGCCAGGCUGCACAAGAGCUGGUUUAAUUUUAGUAGUGAUUAACUUCACUAGAACCAAUCAGAGAAGACCUUUUCUCUGAUUAGUUCUCGUGAAAUCAACAAGGAUUAAAAUUUAACUGGCUUUUGUGCAACUGGCAAUGAAUGUCACGACUGCAGCCGUUCACGUGAUGUAGUGCAUUGCCAUGCGCAGACUGCAGACUGAGUGCGCAAUAGUUGUUCUAUUGAUGACUGAAAGUGAAAGUUACAAAUAUGCAGACAAUUAUUAUUAUUGGAUGUCGAAUCGAUUGUGUAUGAACGAGUGAGAUAGUAGGCUAGAUAAUUUCUAAAAGUGUCCAUCGAAAACGAUAAAGUCUCCUUGAGCGAAGAAUAAAUAAUAAUUGUAGAAAUUAUAGCUUUUAUAAUAAGAUUCGUUCAAAAAAACUGUAUAUGUAUUAUUCUUGAGAAAAAUUUGAGUUGCUCUUAGGAUUAUCAAUAAAGUUUCAAUGAAGUUUUGUAAAUUAAAGUAUCAUAUCGAAUUCAGUAAGAACAAAACUAAACGAACAGUAGAUGAUUGUUGUAAUAGAGAAGUGAUGUGGAAAAUAUAUUGAAGCGAAAUUAGGUGUACAAGGUAUUCACGAUCACGGUAUAUUGAAGAAGUCUUCUUCUAACUACCGUGUUCACGAUUAAGUCUGUGUAUGUCUUCAACGUUGUUCAGAGUUACCCAAGUAGGCUACUGGGAUGGAACAUCAUUCAUUACCGGAUACGUGAAUAAUAUUAGAAUAGACUAAGACGAAUUGGUUAUUUUUCUGAAACAUUGUUUUUUAAAUAUCUUCUUAUUUUCUCCAAUAAAUAAUGGCGAUGAUAAUGAAAAUGGUUGAUUGAACAUUCACUUAUCAAAUUUGAGAUGUGAUAUUUCGUUGACAUGUUGGUAUUGUAACCUAAUGAUGUGAAUGCACACUACGGUAUUGUGAUUAACUAUGAAUAGGAUAUACCAUUAUAAAGUACUAAAAAUGUUACAUCCCUGCCAACCAAUGUAUUAUUGGCGAUGUAAGGCAUUUUUAUUUGUAAUUUAUUCUAUUAUUUUAAUAGUAGAAGGACUGAUCCUCACGUUCAUCAUAUCCGUUUAUAUCUAUGAUAAUCUAUUUUAAGAUGUUCUCAUAAAUAUAAAGUUUAAGCUUUGUGUACCAUUAACUGUGGAAUAUGUUAAGUUUAUCAAGAGUGGUUUUUUCUCCAUUGAAUCAAAUUAUUGGUAAAUUGAAAUUUCAAUAAUUCAUUGAAUUGUGUAUAACGAUAUACUAUUAUGUUUUGUAUCCGCAUUACAACAGCAUCAUUUAUGAAAUUUGAAGGGUUUCCAUGUGGAUUACAAGGAAUAUUCUCAAAUUCACAAAAAAUCGUAUUUUGUCCAUAUCUGGCCUUAUAAUUGCCUACAAGGGAAUCCAUAUCAGAUAUGAAUUCGCUAGCUCCAGAGGCGACUUGUAAUUCAUCCUAGUUUCUCACCAGAAAUAAAUCUAUCCAAGGUUUUAGUUAGUUACCUGUUAAUGUUACCUCUUGUUACCUUGUUCUAUGAUAAUUAUUAUAAGUUCAUUGUCCAAUCACAUUGUUCCCCUUUAAUAUAGAUGAGGUUGAAUAACACCAAUAAUGUCAAGACUGAACUUAGCAAGUAGAUAAUUAUGUUUGAAAGCUGAAGCGACAUUGGUGCUAGGUUAAGUAAGGACAACCGCAAAAUUUGAGCUAAUUUAGUCAAAUUCAGCGUUGAUCUUGGGUAAUUCAUGAUCCAACUCUUGAAAAGCUAUAAUUAACUUAUCAGGUUUUUUUGUAAAGAUGUGUGGACCUUUUGAAUGAUGUAGAAUUAGCACAAUAUGCUUUCUCUAUGGCUGUAGCAAAUAAUUUUCUAUAAUAUUGUAUAUUAUAUUAUUGUUCCGUAUAGAUUAAUAUGAAUGGCUGACCAAGUGCAAUAAUAACGUGUGAAAAAGCAGGAUGACAAUUCCUGUCAAUGAUUACUGUAUAUAAUGUAAAGUUGGAAUCAAUAAUAUCAUUGUGUGAAUAUUCUAAAUUGUUUUAAUUUAUGAAUACCAAACUUAUAAAAUUGUUUUGGUUUUUAUGAAUAUAAUUAUCUACUUAUGA